CCGACUACAUCAUGUCUUCAAGGUACAAUUUGUCCUCGGUCCAGCCGUAAUUAUUUCUUGAAUCGUGACCGUACAUCUCUCCGUAUCUACUGAGUUUCUGCAUCUGACACAUUCCCUGGAAGGAAGAAACGUUUGCAGAAACUGGUUCCUCCGUAAUUACUUAUUUUAGCGAAUGACAAUGCGGCAAGAACGUCGCCGUCCAAUUAGAAUUGAAUCAGCCAUAGCAGGAGGCGGGACUUCCGCGUCGCCGUGUUGUGUUUCUGGAAAAAGAAGGGGAAAAGGGAGAGAUUUCGUUUUUGUGUUACAGCGUUUCAUAUUCCCCCCUGUUUGCAGUGUGUGGUUUCCGUUGAUAAUUUCCCUAUUUUCAGCUACAGUUCAGGUAGCAUCGUGACGCCAACAGCUUGUUAAAUGAAAACUUAAACCAUGUUCAGUUUUGAGGGAGAUUUCAGGACAAGACCCAAAGUGUCUCUCGGCGGAGCCAGCAAAAAGGAAGAAAAGGCUUCCCUCUUGCAUCGCACACAAGAAGAAAGGAAAAAGCGAGAGGAUGAAAGACGAAGACUGAGAAAUGCGAUAAUUAUACAGUCGUAUGUCCGAGGAUAUAAGGACAGGAAACAGCAGUACGCCCUUCAGAGGAGCGAGUUCGAUCAUUCGGUCUCGGUCUGUCAAGCACAGUCUUCGGGGGGCGUCCCUGUCAGCGAUGGAGCUAGCCUCAGCCUUCUAGUGCGCCAGCUUCUGUUUUUCUAUCGGCAGAGCGAAGACUCGCACCGAUUGAUAUGGAUGUCCCAGUGCCUGGUAAAAGCCAACACCCAAUUCGUGAAGCUUCUGUCGGGCCCUGAGAAGCACACGUGCGUCUUUCAGAUUAAGAGGAUUCUGGGAUUGUGCUGCAGGCUUUUGCAGAGCUGCAAACAAGAGAAUCUGAACGUCACGGCGCCAAUGAGAAUGCUGGAGACUUUCUCCUCGGAGAUGACCUAUUUGCCCGUUCUCCAAGAUGCUAAUUGUGUAGCAUCUCUAAUCGAGCAGAUUUUGCACUAUAUGGUACAGAAAGGUUACUACAGGUCGCUGUACAUCCUGGUGAACCACAAGCUUCCAUCCAGCCUGGAUUACAGCGACUCCCCGUCUGUCCCGCUGGCCGGCACCCUGCUGGAUCACACGCUCAAACCCUUGCACUUUACCUACUCUUCCUGCACGGCAGGCGCAAGACAAUACGUGUUUUCCGUCUUCACCGAGGAGUUGUUGACGGGCCCCUUCACGGAGCAGAUGUUUCACUUCUUCAUUCCGGCACUGGCCGAUCCACGGCAUGCCUUCCCGUUCGAGGGCUUCCUGGCCUCCCUCCGGGGCACGCUGGUCACCUCCGAGGUCGCCAAGAUGCAGGCCCCCUGGCUCUUCUACUUCGUGCUGGCUGUCGGCGAGGAGAACAUAGGCCGCCUGUCAGAGGAGGGGCUUCUGCUCUACCUGCAGGCCCUGCAGUCGCUGCUGCCUCUGCUUCCCGUGUCGGAGACCAAUGUCCGACAGGAGGUCACCAGCGACUCAGAGGACGAAGAUGACGUCGGUGUGACGGGGCCCACUGCAGAGGAGGACGGACGCGUGUCGGUGCAGCUGAUCACAGAGGAGUGCAUCCGCAAGCUGGACUCCAAGCAGCAGACCAACGCCCUCCUCAGCUUGGUGUGGAGGGACUCCGCCAGCGAGGAGGUUUUCACCAUGAUGGCUUCCGUCUGCCAUACGCUCAUGGUGCAGCACCGACUCAUGGUGCCCCGGGUCAGGCUCCUCUACAGCUUGGCCUUCAACGGCAGGUUCCUGAGGCACCUGUGGCAUCUCAUAACAUCUAUGACAACCAAGAUGAUCACAGGGUCCAUGGUGCCCCUGCUGCAGGUCAUCUCACGAGGUUCACCCAUGUCCCUGGAGGACUCCAACCGCAUCAUCCCGCUCUUCUACUUGUUCAGCUCGCUCUUCAGCCACCUGCUCAUCUCCGUGCACGACAGCGAGUUCUUCGGCUACUCCGCUGAAGACGCCACCCCUGCGGGCCUGAGCCGGCCGUCGGUGAUGCCUUUCGCUCCGGCGGAGCUGGUGUCACUCUCUCGCUGCCUCAGAGAUGCCUGCCUGGGCAUCAUCAAACUGGCCUACCCGGACACCAAGCCCGAGCACCGCGAGGAGUACGUGGCGGCCUUCCGCAGCGUGGGUGUGCGCACCAGUGCCACCGUGCAGCAGCGCAUACAGGCGGAGCAGAAGCGCUGGGUGCAGCUCUUCAAGGUUAUCACCAACCUGGUGAAGAUGGUGAAGGCGAGAGAUACCAGGCGGCCCUUCUGCCCCUCGGGCCACUGGCUCUCCGAGGAGGUCAACAUCCGAGCCGAUAAGGUCACCCAGCUGUACGUUCCGUCUGCCCGGCACGUGUGGAGAGCCCGCCGAAUGGGCCGGAUCGGACCGCUGCAGUCCACGCUCGAUGUGGGCUUGGAGCCCCCACAGCUCUCGGUGUGUGAGGAGAGGCAGCUGGCCAUCCUCACCGAGCUCCCAUUCGUCGUCCCCUUUGAGGAGCGGGUCAAGAUCUUCCAGCGACUGAUCUAUGCAGACAAACGGGAAGUGCAGGGCGACGGACCCUUUCCGGAUGGAAUCAACGUCACCAUCAGGCGGAACUACAUUUACGAGGAUGCUUAUGACAAGCUGUCUCCGGAGAAUGAGCCGGACCUCAAGAAACGCAUCCGGGUGCAUCUGCUCAACACCCACGGGUUGGACGAGGCCGGCAUCGACGGGGGCGGCAUAUUCCGCGAGUUCCUCAACGAGCUGCUCAAGUCGGGCUUCAACCCCAACCAGGGCUUCUUCAAGACCACCAACGAGGGCCUCCUGUACCCUAGCCCCAGUGCGGAGAUGCUGGUCGGAGACUCCUUCACCAGGCACUACUACUUCCUGGGCCGCAUCCUGGGCAAGGCGCUCUACGAGAACAUGCUGGUGGAGCUGCCCUUUGCCAGCUUCUUCCUGUCCAAGCUGCUGGGCACCAGUGCGGAGGUAGACAUCCACCACCUGGCCUCGCUGGACCCGGAGAUGUACCGGAACCUGCUCUUCCUCAAGAGCUACGAGGAGGAUGUGGAGGACCUGGGCCUCAACUUCACCGUGGUCAACAACGACCUGGGGGAGGCACAGGUGGUCGAGCUGAAGCCAGGGGGCAAGGACAUCACAGUCACCAGCGGAAACCGUAUCGCGUACAUCCACCUGGUGGCCGACUACCGGCUCAACAAGCAGAUCCGACCGCACUGCCUGGCCUUCCGCCAGGGCCUCGCCAAUGUGGUCAAUCUCGAGUGGCUGCGUAUGUUUGACCAGCAGGAGUUCCAGGUGUUGAUCUCCGGCGCUCACAUCCCCAUCUGCCUCGACGACCUGAAGAAGUUCACAAACUACUCGGGCGGGUACUCCGCCACCCACCCCGUCAUUAAGAUCUUCUGGGAGGUGGUGGAGAGCUUCACAGACGAGGAGAAGCGCAAGCUGUUGAGGUUCGUCACCAGUUGCUCCAGGCCGCCGCUCCUGGGGUUCAAGGAGCUGUAUCCGGCCUUCUGCAUCCACAAUGGGGGUAACGACCUGGAGCGGCUUCCGACGUCCAGCACCUGCAUGAACCUACUGAAGCUGCCCGAGUUCUGUGACCCGCAGCAGAUGCGUAACAAGCUCCUGUACGCCAUAGAGUCCUCGGCAGGCUUUGAGCUCAGCUGAGUGGCGCCCCCUGGAGACGAGGGUGGGAACGGAACGAAAGGAAAGGCCGUGGGGGGCAUUUUACAUAAGCUGCCCCGGAAAGGGCAGGGGGGAGGGAUGGCCAGGUGGGGUCCGGACUGGUCAUUUCAAAUGCACUUGUGGGGGGGGGGGGGGGGGGUACUGUCUUGGGUUUUAAUGUUUUCAUUUUUACUCAACCUUACUUGUGUUUAAUAAGAACAUCGACGGCUGAACCAUUGCUGCUCUCACGAAUACGAAAGAAAAGUGAAGAGGAAGGAGGAGGGGCUGACGGGGCUUUGGGGGAGGGUCGUAGCGAAUCGGACAGCGCGUUCACCAAAGACACACCCGCGACCCACCAGGCGGUGCAGCGACACGGCAAUAAAAGGGGAGGGGUGGCAGGUGGGCGAGUGCCACCGUCCGCGUCUGUGCCAGGGCUUCUCGAGAGGAUGCCAGACUGUUAAAUCCUGUCCAUCUUCACUGGCGGCAGUCCCAAUCCCAAACAGCAACAACAGAAUUAAAAAAAAAAAACAAAAAAAAACACAUAGUUUGUGAUUUAUAUUAUGAGUGUUAUCUUUUAUACAUUAACACCAUAGAAUGCUAAUGCUUUGGCCUUUCUGUAGUGUUGAUUCGACACGUAUUAUCAGAGCUGGGCACCUGAUGAUGGAUUUGUGAAUAUGUGUACGUGUUUUUGAUGUCCUUCACAUAGUACAUGUACAGUUUUUUUUUUUCCCUGUGCAUUGAAUAAAACCUCUGCCUUCUGUUUCA